AUGCACUGGGGCCCCAGCUUCCCUCAUUUUCUCACCAUCUGUGAGAAAAGCACCAAGAGGCUGACAAAGGAAGCAGAAAAUUGCCAAGAAAAGCAGAAGAAGGAGCUGGCUCUGCUGCUUCUCUGGGUUCCAGGUGUUUUGACUCUGAGUGGCCCCCACAACGUGACAGGCACCGUGAGGGGAUCCCGGAGCAUGCAGUGUUGGUACAAGAAGGAAUAUAAGGCCUUUUACAAACACUGUUGCCGACAGCCAUGCUUGCUACUUUGGCACCGGAUUGUGCAGGCCAGAGGCCAAAGAGAGGUGAGGUGCGGCCAAGUGUCCAUCGUGGACCAUCCUGGGGACCUCACCUUCACCGUGACCUUGGAGAACCUCACUGCAGCCGAUGCAGGAAAAUACAGGUGUGAGGUUACAAUGAUCCUGCAGGAAGGACUCCUUGGCUUCCUGCCCGAACCCUUUUUCCAAGGUUCAGGUGAUUGUUUCCCCGGGUCCCUGCUCAGCAGUGUCCACUUCCUGCUCCUCGUCCUCCUGAAGGUGCCCCUGUUCCUGGGCAUGCUCAGUGCUGUCCUCUGGGUCAACAGGCCUCAGUGAGCAACUG